UUCAGGAAAUAUCUAACAUUUUCUUCUCCUUCCUCCCUAGCUAGCUAGUUCCUUAAUAUAUUUCUUAUACUAGCUAGCUAGAUCACCAUCCUAUAAAUAUAUUGUUCCAUUCGCCUAUUAUCAGACACACUCCAAAUUCAGUUAUUACCAUUUAAUUCACAUAGUAAUACCCACCCAGGCACCAAUUGAAGUGUACGUUAAUAUCAAGAAGGAAGAAAAUGGGGAACGAUUUGUUGGCUUUUGUAGUGAUGGUGAUUGUGCAAUUAGGGUUUGCUGGAAUGAUAAUAAUAACAAAGUUAGUGAUGGAUGGUGGUAUGAAUCCUUUCGUUCAAUCAGCAUAUAAGCCUAUUUUUGCCACCAUAUCCAUUGCUCCCUUCGCUUUCUUCUUGGAGAGGAAAACUAGACCCAAGUUGACACGCUCUAUUCUUUUCCACAUAUUUUUGUGUUCUAUUUUCGGGAUAACAGCAAACCAAUAUACAUAUUUCAUUGGAUUAAAUAAUUCAACUCCAACAGUUGCUUCCGCCAUUGAUAAUCUAAUCCCAGCUUUCACGUUUAUCAUAGCCGUACCCUUGGGGGUUGAAAAAUUGGGAUUGAGAAGCAUAGCAGGACAAGCCAAGUUUUGGGGAACAAUAGUAUGCGUUGGAGGGGCAAUGUUAUUGUCAUUAUAUCAUGGCAAAGUGGUUAUCGGUCAAUUAGGAUAUCACUGGAAAUAUGCAGAAUGUACAGGCAAAGAUGUCAAUGCAGCCCAUGGCAACUUCUUUUUAGGACCUUUUCUACUAAUAAUGGCCAGUCUCACUUAUGCCAUUUGGUUAAUCAUUCAGGGAAGGGUAAGCGAAAAGUAUGCAGCUCCGUAUACAUGCAUAACGUUGAUGUGCUUAAUGGCAAGUGUAGAGAGUGUCAUCAUUGGCAUUUGCGUCGUCCCUAAAGUUUCUGAAUGGGCUUUAAACCCAAUCAGAGCUAUCUCAGUUGUCUAUAAUGGAGUUGUGUGUACGUCAUUUGCAUAUUUCCUGAGCUCGUGGUGCAUUGAAAAAAAAGGUCCUUUAUAUGUGGCGAUGUUCAAUCCUUUGUUGUUAGUUAUUUCUGCAUUUCUCAGUUGGACUUUGCUUCGUGAGAAGUUAUACCUUGGCGUAGUUGUAGGGUCAAUUAUAGUAGUGGCUGGGCUUUACCUUUUUUUGUGGGGCAAAAAGAUGGAGACAAUUGAAGAGGAUAUUGAGGUAGAAGUAACUAAAGAGAAGAACCAGUCCAGUACAUCAGUUGAUUUGGAAUUGCAAUUACCUAACGCUAAUUGUCAUCAUAUAGAGUCGAAGCAGAUACCAUCAGAAGCCAAAGCUGAACUAUGAUGGGCCAAAAAUGAAUUGGAGUGCUGUUUGUAAUAUAUAUGAAAUUAAUCUCUUGGUAUUUGUGCGUAACGUUAUUUGUUUGGCAAUAUAUAAAAACCAUUUACCGUUCAGAUCA